ACGGAAGAGCCCUUGACUGAGCGGAAGAAGAGGAUCUCAAGCUGGGAAGGUGAGGACGCUAGGAGCUGUGAAGCAAGUUUGAGCUUCACCUCCUUCACGAUUGAGCAUGGGAGAGAAGUCAGAAAACUGUAUGGUUUCAGAGGAUAUGUUCAAUGGUUUGAAAGUUACAGAUACCCACGAAGCAGAAUGUGUUAGCCCUCCAGUUGCUAAUGCCAAAGAUCACCAUACCCAGAGCAAGCCGCACAAGGAUGUUGAGGCUCGUCCCCAGGAAGACCAGGAAGAAGAGGAGUGCUUUCAUGACUCUAGUGCCUCAUUUGAGGAGGAGGAGCCAGGACCCAACAAGGUUGAGAACAAAUCUGAUGAUGAUGUGAAUUCCUCUGAACUAGAUGAAGAAUACCUAAUAGAACUGGAAAAAAACAUGCCAGAUGAGGAGAAAAAGAGAAGGAGAGAAGAGAGCAGUAGACUAAAGGAGGAGGGAAAUGAGCAGUUUAAGAAAGGAGAUUAUAUAGAAGCCGAAAGUUCUUAUACUCGAGCCCUUCAGAUGUGUCCAUCCUGCUUCCAGAAAGACAGAUCUAUUCUGUUUUCAAAUAGAGCUGCUGCGAGGAUGAAACAGGACAAGAAAGAGAUGGCCAUCAGUGACUGCAGCAAAGCAAUUCAGUUAAAUCCCAACUAUAUCAGGGCAAUAUUGAGGAGAGCAGAGUUGUAUGAGAAAACUGAGAAGCUAGAUGAAGCCCUGGAAGACUAUAAAUCCAUUUUAGAAAAAGACCCAUCAGUACAUCAAGCAAGAGAAGCUUGUAUGAGACUACCUAAGCAAAUUGAAGACCGUAAUGAAAGACUAAAGGAAGAGAUGUUAGGUAAACUAAAAGAUCUUGGGAACUUGGUUCUCCGGCCUUUUGGACUCUCCACAGAAAAUUUCCAGAUCAAACAGGAUUCCUCUACUGGCUCCUACUCCAUCAAUUUUGUUCAAAAUCCAAAUAAUAACAGAUAACAAAGAUAACAAUAGCUUUUAAAACUGGCUUGGAAAUUGCGUGCUGCUUGCUAUUAGCAAGGGGAAAGGCCUUGCCCAUGUUUAACUUUCAAAAAAGCAUCUUAUCUCAAAGACAGGCUAUCUACUAGAGCCCAGUGCGCCCUCUCCCCCUUGUUUUAUGAUCAGGAUGAAAUGCACUUCCUGAUGCAAUGAGCCUAAUUUGAUUUCCGUUUUAAGGUAGUGUCUGCAGCUCUUUCCCUGGUUCUGGCUGUCCCUCAUUGUGUCCAGGAGAAAGCCUGCUUGUCAAGGCUUACCUCCCCAAGCGCCACAGAGAUAAGCCUAGCCAGUCAUUUGGGCUGAGCAAACCUGCCGGUUGGAGACUAACCCAGCCAGGAUUGAUGGCAUUCCCACCUGCUAUCCCCAAUCCCCCAUCACACAUGCCACCCAGGCUGCUGUGUGUGGGCUCAAGCGUCCCCUGAGUUCCUCUGUGGUAAUAAAUGCUUCUGUGAUGGUCUGA